AUGGAGAGGCACCUGGGGAGCCCCAGAGAACAGAGGCUGAUGCUGGAAUUCUCGGCACAUGAUGUCGAAUGCUCAAACAUGUUCUCCACCGCGAUCGCCAACUUGAUCGAGGAUAACCUCAUCGGCGACCAAGAGCUGGAGGGGAAUGCCGUAGGGCAGUCGCCUUACUGCAACGAGGUCUAG